GCAUGCUCAGUGAUAACCUGCUUUAAAUCACAUAGAAGACAACGUCGCCCCGAAGCCCCGACAACCUUUGGAUAUCCUCGCAUUCCUUCCAUUUCUUAAAUUAGCCCCGCUCAGCUUCGAGAUACCGCCGCCAAUUUCAGUGUCGGUACGGAGCCGCCAGGCCGGGACAGAGACGGAGAGAGAGCCCUCGGCCAUGGAAGCGCUCGGACCCGGCCCGCCUGCCCCCCCCUCCCUUUUCCAGCCCCCGCGUCGGCCCGGAUUGGGCACCGUGGGGAAGCCCAUCCGCCUGCUGGCCAAUCACUUCCAGGUGCAGAUCCCCAAGAUCGACGUCUACCACUAUGACAUCGACAUCAAGCCGGAGAAGCGCCCGCGGAGAGUCAACAGGGAGGUGGUGGACACCAUGGUCAGGCACUUUAAGAUGCAGAUCUUUGGGGACCGGCAGCCUGGCUAUGAUGGGAAGAGGAACAUGUACACGGCCCACCCGCUGCCUAUCGGGCGGGACAGGGUGGAUCUGGAGGUGACGUUGCCGGGCGAGGGUAAGGAUCAGACCUUUAAGGUGUCCCUGCAGUGGGUGUCGGUGGUCAGCCUGCAGAUGCUUCUGGAGGCGCUGUCGGGGCACCUGAACGAGGUGCCCGAGGACUCGGUGCAGGCGCUGGACGUCAUCACGCGACACCUGCCCUCCAUGAGGUACACCCCUGUGGGCCGCUCCUUCUUCUCCCCGCCCGAGGGGUACUAUCACCCCCUAGGUGGGGGGCGGGAGGUCUGGUUUGGCUUCCACCAGUCGGUCCGUCCUGCCAUGUGGAACAUGAUGCUCAACAUUGACGUGUCGGCGACGGCGUUCUACCGGGCCCAGCCGGUGAUCGAGUUCAUGUGCGAAGUGCUGGACAUCCAGAACAUCAACGAGCAGACCAAGCCGCUCACCGACUCGCAGCGCGUCAAGUUCACCAAGGAGAUCCGCGGUCUGAAGGUGGAGGUGACGCACUGCGGGCAGAUGAAGAGGAAGUACCGCGUGUGCAAUGUUACCCGACGCCCUGCCAGCCAUCAGACCUUUCCCCUGCAGCUGGAGAACGGCCAGGCCAUGGAGUGCACCGUCGCUCAAUAUUUCAAACAGAAGUACAGCCUGCAGCUUAAGUACCCCCACCUGCCCUGCCUGCAGGUGGGGCAGGAGCAGAAGCACACCUACCUGCCCCUGGAGGUGUGUAACAUUGUGGCAGGACAGCGCUGCAUCAAGAAGCUAACAGAUAAUCAAACCUCCACCAUGAUCAAAGCCACCGCACGCUCCGCCCCCGACAGGCAGGAGGAGAUCAGCCGGCUGGUCAAAAGCAACAGCAUGGUGGGCGGGCCUGACCCCUACCUGAAGGAGUUUGGCAUCGUUGUGCACAACGACAUGACGGAGGUGACGGGGCGGGUCCUCCCAGCGCCCAUGCUGCAGUAUGGGGGCCGGGUGAGUACAGACACUGGGAGGGACUGUGGCAGGAACAAAACGGUGGCCACGCCUAAUCAGGGCGUGUGGGACAUGAGGGGGAAGCAGUUCUACGCCGGCAUCGAGAUCAAGGUGUGGGCCGUCGCCUGCUUCGCCCCUCAGAAGCAGUGCAGAGAGGACCUGCUCAAGAGCUUCACGGACCAGCUGCGCAAGAUCUCCAAGGACGCGGGGAUGCCCAUCCAGGGCCAGCCCUGCUUCUGCAAGUACGCGCAGGGGGCCGACAGCGUGGAGCCCAUGUUCAAGCACCUCAAGAUGUCCUACGUGGGCCUGCAGCUCAUCGUGGUCAUCCUCCCGGGGAAGACUCCCGUCUACGCCGAGGUGAAGCGGGUGGGAGACACGCUCCUGGGAAUGGCCACUCAGUGCGUCCAGGUGAAGAACGUGGUGAAGACCUCCCCUCAGACCCUGUCCAACCUCUGCCUCAAGAUCAACGCCAAGCUGGGCGGCAUCAACAACGUGCUGGUGCCCCAUCAGAGGCCCUCGGUGUUCCAGCAGCCGGUGAUCUUCCUGGGGGCGGACGUGACGCACCCCCCCGCGGGCGACGGGAAGAAGCCCUCGAUCGCGGCGGUGGUGGGCAGCAUGGACGGGCACCCCAGCCGCUACUGCGCCACGGUGCGCGUGCAGACGUCCCGCCAGGACCUGUCCCAGGAGCAGCUCUUCAGCCAGGAGGUCAUCCAGGACCUGACCAACAUGGUGCGCGAGCUGCUCAUCCAGUUCUACAAGUCCACCCGCUUCAAGCCCACGCGCAUCAUCUACUACAGGGGCGGGGUCUCCGAGGGACAGAUGAAGCAGGUGGCGUGGCCGGAGCUGAUAGCGAUCAGGAAGGCGUGUAUCAGUCUGGAGGAGGACUACCGGCCGGGGAUCACCUACAUCGUGGUGCAGAAGCGCCACCACACCCGGCUCUUCUGCUCCGACAAGGCGGAGCGGGUGGGUAAGAGCGGGAACGUUCCAGCCGGCACCACGGUGGACAGCACCAUCACGCACCCCUCCGAGUUUGACUUCUACCUGUGCAGCCACGCAGGGAUACAGGGGACCAGCCGGCCCUCGCACUACCACGUCCUCUGGGACGACAACUGCUUCACGGCGGACGAGCUGCAGCUGCUCACCUACCAGCUGUGCCACACCUACGUGCGCUGCACCCGCUCCGUCUCCAUCCCCGCCCCCGCCUACUACGCCCGCCUCGUCGCCUUCCGCGCCCGAUACCACCUGGUGGACAAGGACCACGACAGUGCGGAGGGCAGUCAUGUUUCGGGCCAGAGUAAUGGACGGGAUCCUCAGGCUCUGGCCAAGGCGGUGCAGAUUCACUAUGACACCCAGCACACCAUGUACUUCGCCUGAUCAACAUCACCAGCAGAGGGUGCUCUUCUCUCAUCUUCCUUUCUGUCAUUGCCUGCUUUCCCUCUCUCUCUCUCUCUCUCUCUGCCUGUUUCUCUUUUCUGUUCUCUCUCUCUCUCUCUCUCUCUGCACCAAAGCGGUUGCGAAGCCAGAGGACCCGGUCAUCUGUCCAGUAGAAAUGGCCGGUCCCAGUCGAGCCGCCUCCUACCAGCAAUCCCAGGAUUCUCAGAGGCACUGAGAGACCCUUGGUUUCUGAUGCACAGAGGGGAAAAAAACCACAUUGAGCCAUUUUUAAGUUUAAGUUUAAUGUCUUUGUUUUUUGUUUUUUUUUGUAUCACACUGAGCAUGAGCAAACGGGAGCCAGUAUAACAGACAGCUCUCAUUCUAGCAGCUUACCAGGACUGUCCUUUUCUUUUUUACCUCAAGCUCAAAUGGGCUCAAAAAGUCACACUGUCUGGGGAUGGGGAUGGGAAUGGGAAUGGGGAUGGGGAUGGGGACGGGGAUGGGGAUGGGGGUUGGGGUUUGUGGAUGGGUUUGGGUUGUGCAUGUUGAGGGGAAGACGGUUGAUAAUGAGUUUCAUAUAUAUAUAUAUACACACAUAUAUAUAUUUUCUUUUUUUGUGAUUGUGUUUUAACUCUCCUUUCUUGUCUUUUACAAGCGAGGUGACCUGCUUAUCCAUACCCAUUAUUAGUCUCCCGUUUUGUGCAGAGAGAGUGUGUGUGAAUGUGUGCAUGUGUGUGUGUGUGCGUGUGUACGUGUGCGUGUUUGCGCGUGUGUGUGUGUGUGUGCGCGUGCAUGCGUGUGCAUUUCAUGGCGGGCCACUGAAUUGUAAAGGAAGGUCUAGGAGUUAACUGCUGUAAAUGCCUCAGAUUUAAUGUUUUUAUAUACAUAUAUAUAAUUAUACACAUCUAUAUAAACAAAUUUAAGUGGACAGUUCCACCAGCUCGCUGGAGCUCGUGGUUGUGUGUAGCAGUAACGGCGUCCGUGUUCUGGCCUGUGUAGGGUGGGGCGGGGGGCCGGCGGGGGAGGGAUAAAGGGGGCGGUGCCACUGUUUGGGCGGAGCCUGUUUGAAUUGGCUCAGGCUGACGGGCCUUCCGCAGGAGGUGUGUGUCCCUGCCAAGCCCGCCCCCAUCCCUUUAGUCUCCACCCAUUUUACAGCACUGACGAGGGAGGCCAGACAAACAACUGGAGGGUCCUCUCCUUUUAUUACCUUUAUGCAUUUAUAAAUAAAAACAAAACCAGAUUUGUAAGAGUUUAAUAUAAAACGUUUGUGGCUAUCUUAACUGUUGUUAGAGUAGAUUAUCUUUGUUGUUGGUAUUAUUAUGAUUCUUUAUUGUAAGUAGAUGUAGUGAGCAGGCCAGGCUAUGGUGUGGUGACUGUUGAGUUGAAAGGGUGGGAAGGGGGGCGGGGGGGAGGCAUGUGUUUUUUAUUUGUAAUUGGAGGCAUCACUUUUGAGUGCCCUCCCCACCCCCCAACGACACACUGUCAUCGGUUCCUCUGGUUCCUGGUGAAUUCGCAGUCCCUGGGUAUGGGUAAGGUGCUAGUGGUGAUUUUGUACAAUCUGCAGCCAUAGAUAAAUAGGGCUGAGCCAUGGCUCUCCUCUUCACUAGAACAGUGAUUAUCUAUCUACGGUGAGGAGCGUGUGGAUUGGCUGGUUUGUUCCUGCGCUGUGACUGUGGGCGGGGUCACAGAAUGGAAACCCAAUGACAAUCGCGGUUGGGAGAGGAACGUGAGGGCUGCUGGCAGUGGGCGUGGGGAGCGAGGGGCAGCGAACCACAUGUGGUAGUCAGUGAUUUGAAUCCUAGGCAUAAAGCGUGUUUCUAAUUACUGUUUGUGUGUAUUUCAACAUGUAAAUCUAUGAAAGGGUGUGCGUUUGGGGGGAUUCUUUUAAAUGUUUUUUUUAACCAGCAAUCUGGUGACAAAGCAUAGCACUGCCCUAGGACCUGGGGACACCCCCACCUGGGCGUGACCCUACAAGCCCCUCCCCCUCUGCCUUCCUGGUUGCCGUGGCGGGUGGGGGGGCGGCACGCGCUCCUCGUCACGGGGGGGCGGCUCACAGGAAACCCUUUUGUAAUAAACCACCUUUGAAGCAGCAGGUUUGCUAUGAAUGAGUUUGAGCGCCUGCCUGUCGGGGGGGUGAGCGCGUGCUGGGAGGCGGAGCUGAGGCAGAGAGGCGGGGGCUGUGUGGUCACGCGGUAACAGGGCGGGGGGGCGGGGUUAGGGCUGGCCUGUUGAAACGGUGGCACUGAUCUGAGUGGGUUCCCUGCAGAGGGCUGGAACUGAGGUAGAGUGUGAAAGCCCAGCUCUUACCCUGGUCCUGUGAAGGACCGGUUCCUUGGUUGUGUACCCGUGACAUACGGAGAUUUGAGGGGGCGCUAUCUUUUAAUCAGCGCAGUGACAAUAAUUCCAGUCUUACACAUCAUUACAAAGCAAUAUUAACCCAGUCAAUCUUGGAAAUUAUGAGAAGCUAUAACUCCUUUCUGUUGACGUGGCUGUUGGUCUGAUCCCUAUUGAUGUUUUUCUUUUCUUUUUCUACCCCGUACUUGUUUUUUGCUUGUAUCAAUCAGUGGGAAUGUGCAUUUGGUGAAGUAGACAUUUAGACUUUUGAGGGAAAAAAAAAUAAAACUUUUAGACUUUGCUCGCCUGCAUGCCAGAGUAUUGUCCUAAAGCUGUUAGACUAUUUAUGGAGCCGGGAAAUGAGGAAAAAUUAUUCAGAUUUUUUGUAUACGUUUAUGAAUUAGUGAGACUGUUUUAGGAUAGCAAUAUUGUCCAGUCUCUAAGACCUCUUUUAGAUUCCUACACACAUGUCAGUAACGGAGGCGCAGGCCACCCGUGGGCGGGGCGCCGGCCUUCGCGUGAGAGCCCGAACUCAAACGAGGUACUUUAUUCACGCGCGGGAACGCGAGGGCCGGCCCCCCGCGCCCCGGGGGAGGGGCGGCUCGUAGCGCCGCCGCUCUCUCGGGCCCUCCUGUGCUAUGGCGCCGCCCUGCUGGCCCCGCACAUCCGCACUUCCUCUCAGCUGGGCCUGGCCUGGGGGCCCACGGCAACGGGAUUACCUCUCGAAACUUUUUAUCCAGUCUUUCUGUGCCCCAAUUUCAAGAGAGCAUGUUUUUUUAAAAAAUCCCUGUUUGAUAUAUAUAAUGAUUUGUUUGCUAUACAUUUGACAAUGUUUAUUGUAAUUUUAUUUGUCCCUAUACUGGUGUUUAACUCUGUAAUGUUUUUUCUAGUGUUCUCAGCUAUGUGACUGUCCAAUAGCAAUACGAGGUACCCUUUCUGACCUGCUGUGGAGGGGUGGAGCUUGUCUCUGGCCCCUCCUAUGAGGGCACCCAAUCAGUUGCUGCAUCGCUUUGUGACAUUUUUAAAGAAUUUUUUUUAGGCUGCAGGGAUUAUUGUGUUAUUGUGCAAAGUAAUAAAUUGGUAUUUUAAGCCUAA